AUGCAGUACAACGAGAUGCUGCGCUGCGCCGUGGCGCACGCAGGCAACGACCACCGCCUCGGGGCCCAGGAGGCGCCCCCCGCCAUCAUCUCGCUCUACCCAGGCCAGGGCUUCGAGGCGCACGUGGACGCGGUGAUCGCGGGAGGCCCCCUGCACGAGUUCAAGGCGGAGAAGAAGCUGCAGCCCACGGGCUGCAAGGCGUCCAUGGCCGUGGAGUCCAACGUCGAGGACGACCGCAAUCGCACCGCGCCCUUCCCCUUCUGCGGCAACCGCUACGAGUUCCGCGCGGUGGGCUCCUCGCAGAACUGCUCGUUCCCGGUGAUGAUCUGCAACACGAUCAUGGCCGCGGGCAUGAGCGCGCUCGCCGAGAAGAUCGAGGGCGGCACAAAGGCGCGCGACGCCGUGGCCGAGAUGUACAAGAUGAACCGCAACGUCAUCUUCACCGGCAACGGCUACUCUGCCGAGUGGCCGGUCGAGGCGGAGAAGCGUGGCCUCUCCAAUCUCAACACGACGCCGAAGGCCAUCAAGCACUGGGCAUCGGACAAGAACAUCAAGCUCUUCGAGACUCUGGGCGUCUUUACCGAGGAGGAGACACACGGCGAGGGCCGAGGUGAUGUACGAGGCCUACAACACCACCCUCAACGUUGAGGCCGACACCAUGAUCGACAUGGUCAACACCGCGUUCAUUCCGGCCUUUGCGCAGGACCCGGACCUGGCCCUGUACAAGGACGCCCCCGACCUGGCGGGCAGCCGCAAGGCGCUGUACGCCUCGGUGAAGGCCGAGACGGAGAAGCUGGCGAAGAUGAUGAAGGAG